AUGGCGGAGAUUGCGUCGUCCAUGGCCGUGGGCACGCACCUCUUCGUUAGCUCGGAGACGGAGGUCUGGCAGGAGGCCGUCGUGGACAGCAUCAGCGAUGGGAAGGUGUUCGUGCGCGUGAAGGGAGCGGAGCCUGGCGAGCUCGUGGAGCUGAAGGGCGGAAAUAAGUACCACCCUCACACCGAAGAUCGGUUCAACACCCCAAGCGGCUACCCGGAUGACCUUUGUAACCUGACGUAUUUGCACGAGGCGUCGGUGCUGCACGCGCUGGACUGCCGUUUCUCCGUGGACGACAUUUACACGUUGACCGGGAAGAUUCUCAUCGCCGUUAACCCGUUCAAGACGAUAAAGGGCCUGUACGACGAUGAGACUAUCGUCCGCUACCUCGAGCUGCGCGACCAUGGUGUCCCGCACGUGUUCGGAGUGGCGAGGGAUGCGUACAACAACAUGACUAAGAAUGAGCAGUCGCAGACGAUCCUCAUCAGCGGCGAGUCCGGCGCCGGCAAGACCGAGUCCACGAAGUUCGCGAUGAAGUUUUUGGCCAUCGCAGGCGCCGAGAGCAUGGAAAAGAAGUCGCCGGCUGAGGUGAAGGUGCUUGAAUCCAACCCGCUGCUGGAGUCGUUCGGUAACGCGUCUACCGUGAGGAACGCGAACAGUUCGCGUUUCGGCAAGUUCAUCGAGCUGCAGUACCGCAAGGAAAGCCCUAUAAAGGCCAGGCUGGUGGGCGCGCGCAUCGAGACGUACCUGCUGGAGAAGGUCCGCAUCUGCCAGCAGCAGGAUGGUGAGCGCAACUACCACAUCUUCCACCAGCUCACCGCGGCCGCCACCCGCGGCGACAAAUACUCGUUCGCUCAUCCCGAAUCGUCGGGAGCGCAAUCUGGGACGCCGUGGGAGUUCGAUUUGGCUGCGUUCCGUGGCUCCUUCCGCAUCGUGCCGGCGGACUCCGAGCGCGACUUCGACCUGCCCACGUUCGAUGAGACGCUCGCUGCGCUGCGCACCGUCGGGUUCAGUCAGGAGCAGGUGCGCGUGGUGUUCGACAUCGUGGCGACCGUGCUGCACCUGAGCAACAUCGAGUUCGUGGAGAAAGGCAGCGAGGGCGCGAUGAUCAGCAACAUGGAGGCGGGUCACUGCCAGACGGUGACCACCUUGCUGAACGUGGACAGCGUGUCGCUGAUGAACGCGCUGAUGACGCGCACCAUCAAGACCGCGAACGAGAUGUACACGAAGCCGCUGCGCGUCGAUGAGGCGUGCGACGUCAGGGACGCCAUCGCGAAGAACGUGUACAGCAUGCUGUUCGACCACCUGGUGGAGCGCGUGAACGAGUCGAUCGGCUACGUGCCCGACGCGAAUCUGACGACUGGCAUUUUGGAUAUCUUCGGUUUCGAGUGCUUCAAGCACAACUCGUUCGAGCAGCUGUGCAUCAACUUCACCAACGAGACUCUGCAGAACUUCUUCAACAACUUCGUGUUCCGCUGCGAGGAGGAGCUGUACUCCGCUGAGGGCAUCUCGUGGAACGCGCUCGACUUCCCCGACAACUCCGACUGCGUUGACCUGUUCAAGAGCCGGCCGUACGGCCUGUUCGCCAUGAUCGACGAGGAGUGCAACCUGCCCGGCGGGCGCGACCAGUCGCUCUGCAACAAGGUGGUGCAGCGCCACUCCAACAACGCGCGUUUCGCGAAGGUGAAGCUCGACCAGAGCAGCUUCGUGGUCAACCACUUCGCCGGCGCCGUGCAGUACAAGAUCGACGGCUUCCUGGAGAAGAACAAGGACCAGCUGUCGAAUGACGCGGUGUCGUUCAUUCUGUCGACCAAGAUCGACGAGAUGCGCAGCAUAUUCCAGUCGUACAUCGACAAGAAGGCCUCCACCGUUCGCGCCGGCGGUCGUGCCGGCGGCGUCACGAAGCAGAAGACCAUCUGCACCCAGUUCUCUGGCCAGCUGGACUCGCUGAUGACCAAGAUCGGCGCCACCAACCCGCACUUCAUCAGGUGCAUAAAGCCCAGCCCGGAGUGCCGGCCGAACCACUUCGACCGGAAGACGGUGGACUCGCAACUGCGCUGCAGCGGUAUGCUGCAGGUGGUGCAGGUGUCCCGUGCCGGGUACCCGGUCCGCUUCCCGCACGCCGAGCUGUUCCACAGCUUCCGCUACCUGCUGGAGGCGAAGGAGGCCGAGUCCGCCCUUAAUAUCGAGGACAAGCGCAAGCAGGGCGAGUUCGUGCUCGACAUCCUCGUGACCCGCUACAUGACCUCGAAGCCGCCCGAGGAGGGUUCGCUCGCGAUCGGCAAGACUCUGAUCUUCAUGAAGAACGGCCCGUACGAGCAGGUGUGCCUGGCCAUGCAGAGCCUGCGUAACAGCCGCGCCAUCGUCAUCCAGGCCCGCGUGCGCCGCAACAUCCAGCGCAGGCGUUAUUUGGAGGCGCUGUGGAGCAUCCGCACCUUCCAGAUCUGGGUGCGCUACAAGAUAAAGAAGCUGCAGCGCCAGAGGGCGAUCCGCACCCAGGCGAUCCUGCUCAUCCAGAGCAUGUACCGCAUGUACGUGCAGCGCAAGCUGAUGCGCGAGCUGCGGGACAAGGUGUCGCGUCUGCAGUCGCUGUGGCGCUCAGUCAACUCGCGCGUGCAGACCGAGGAGAAGCGCAUCCACACCAUGGCGACUAAGCUGCAGGCUGCGUGGAAGGGUUACAAGUGCCGGUGCUACUACCUGGAGCUGCGCAGCGCCACGAUCAAGGCGCAGCUGCGUUGGCGUUCCAUCUGCGCGAGGCGUACGCUGCGGUCGCUGCGCAUGGAGGCCAAGGACCUCGGUAACGUGAUCAAGCGCGCUCAGGCGCUCGAGGAGGACCUGAAGAAGGAGAAGGCCAUGCGCGCGGACGCUGAGGCGAGGGUGCUGCAGCUCACCGCGAAGCUGUCGACCAUCGAGAAAUCGCUUGAGGAGCUCAAGGGCCGCGUCGAGAGCCUGACUAAGGAGCGCGACGGGCUGGCCGAGCGGUUGCACGAGGCGGAAACCAACACGCAGAAGGCCCAGACCGACCUGCGCAUGAUUAAGGAGUUCGUCAGCAAGGAGGCGGUCUCCAGCAGCCAGUCCGACUGGCUGAGCAACGUGCUCGGCGGCCAGGGCGGCGACAAGGCCCCUGGCGACUCCAGCGCCGCUGCCGCCGCUCCUCGCACCGGCAGCAUAAAGUCGGAUAAACCAUCCGGCCGCUCCAUCCGUUCCCCGCCCGGCACGCGCACUAGGUCAAUCGAGCAAACCGCGGAUAUAGUGCUAUGCGGCCCUCCCGGCUGCGGCAAGACGCGUCUCCUGGAGAUGGCGCUGAUUAAGAAGGGCGACGACAAGAACCUGGAGCUGCUGCGCAGCGCUGAUGAGGCGCGUUCACGCAAGCGCAGGGUGGCGCCCGCUGUGUUUGACUUCGCGGUCAACCCGGGCCAUCCGAUUUCAGUCACCGAGAUCCCCGGGUCCUACUUCGACAGCGACGAGGCCCGCACGAUCCUGCGUAACGCCCACCUGGUCGCGAUUUGCUUCGACCCCGGCAACCAGCAGACCUACGAGGACGCUCGCGUGAUCGUGAAAAUGCUGAAGCAGCUGGUGGACUGCAAGAACACGAGGAUCUGCCUCGUGCAGAACGACUACAUCAUUCUGGAGUCCGCGCGUCCCAUCGUGUGCGACAUAAACCAGGUGCAGACGUUCGCCGUGGAGAACGAGCUGCUGUACAUGCGCAUCCGCGACCUGAUGGAGUUCGUGGAGCAGGUGACGGCGUACGUCGAGGGGAAGCGUGGCCAGCGCGCGGCUGGCGCGAACGACGGUUCCAAGUCCGGCAGGACGCCUAACCGGGGCGCGUUGUCGCUGUUCUACGAGAAGUUCCGAAACUUCUGGGCAGGCGUGAACUACUCUGGCUUCCAGAACAAGCUGCUGGUCCCCACUCUGGUCGCCCAGGAGGGCUACAAGCUGCCGCCGCUGUCGCUGAAGCGCGUUGCUGCCAUCUACAACUACACCGCGGCGGUGACGUGCCUGGCGUUCCGCCCCGAGGACCCCAGCGACCCGUACAUUGUGCUCGCCGUGGGUCGUCGCGACGGCACCAUCAACCUGUACCACUGCUUCCGCACGGAGACGGAGCUGCUGGCGCUGAAUUCCGCGAACUUCGACGAGUCCGAGCCGCACCCCGUGAACGACAACGUGAUGAUCACCGAGUCGUUCACGCUGGCGAUCCACACUAAGGCUGUGACGUGCAUGUGCUUCUCCAAGGUCGAGGUCAACGAGCUGGUCACCACCUCUGUGGACUGCACCAUCCGCGCGUGGAACGUGAUGACCGGCCAGCUGAUAAAGGUGUUCAACGACUCCGACCCCGGUCUGGCGGUGAUGUUCCACCCCGUGGACCCCACCCUGUUCAUCUGCUGCAACGCCAACCCUACCAUGCGCAUCAUCCACUACAACCAGGGCACCGUGCUGCAGAAGAUCCGCACCAAGAGCGAGCUGCGCUGCCUGGUGUUCGACGACACGCGGUUCAACUGCAUCGCCGGCAACGAGCGCGGCGCCAUCUGCAUCUACGAGGCGCAGGCGGACCUGCACCUGAAGCUGUCGACCACGAAGUCGAUAUCGCGUGGCCCUGUGACCUGCGUGAACUUCGUGCCGUCGCCGUCGCCCGACGUGCCGCCGUGCAUCAUCGCGAACGUGUGCAGUGGCCAGAUCACGAUCCUCAACUGCCUGUAUGAGGGUUCGUCCGGCAAGAUCUCCGAGAUCACGUACCGCUACACCGUCAACAACGCGCACGUUGCGCUGCCCGUGCGUUCGUGCUACUCGCGCUUCGGCGGUGGGUGGUGCAUCUCCGGGUCCGAGGAUCGCAACCUGCUGAUUUUCUCGCUGCUCGAGGAGAACAUGCCGUACACCGUGUCGUUCCACCAGGGUCCUGUGGUGGCGGUGGCGGUCAACCGUCUGGACACGCUGCUGGUCACUUCGGACUCCAAGGGUUCGGUGGCCUUCUGGCGCCGCGUGUUAGUCUCCAGCAAGGCCUGA